UUGUUCGCAUCACUGGUGCAAAGCAUUCUACAUAAACUCUGAUUGAUCUAUGGACAUGAUAAGGUUUGAAGUCUUGAGCAAUAAUUGUUGGUCUUUAGGGAUAUGCUGCAUCCAGAAGGUUAUUAAGGAAUGUUAUAACACAACUAAAUGCCAAAUUAUAUUGUGGAAAAUGCUGCUCAGCUACUUUUGGUACUCACCUGAGAUACGGCCUUAAACCCUUGAGAUUGACAGGGCCCCUACCAUCUCUUUGUAAGCUGUAAAACCUGAUUAUUUAUUUGUUUAUCCAUUUGCAUACUGUGAGUGGAAGCCAAACAAUACUGCAUUCUUUUGGGUUUUUUUCUACUUCUGAUGGAUGUCCUGGACUUCCACUAGUGAUAAUGGGUGUCCCAUUUUCUUAUCCAAAAGCAUCUGAAUGAUGAAUCCUUGCUUUGUUUUAGCUCAAUGAUCCACGGAGAUGUUAUGCGUUCAUGUUGUAUCCCAUUGGGAACCCAUCUUGUCAUUUACUCGAAAUCCUGUUUAAGAAACAUUUCACUUGUAUAUUGAAUUAGGUCAUACUCCACUUGAUAUGAUUAUUAAGGAUGUGCAAAAUCAUUCUUUACAUCCUUGAGAACUUUAUAUCUUUUCAGUGUGGGAUGCUCGGUUUUGGCAGGUUGCUUGCUCUGCUUUGGUUGGAUAUCGGUGAAAGGUGAUAUACAACUGCAAAGGCCCAUGCUCCUAUAAAGGCCUUUAGCUACAUUCCAUACGAAUCACUUUUAAGAUUGUUGGUUUUCAGCGUGUCCUACCCAAGUUAGAUAUAUUUAAAAUUAUUUCACUCUACACAACUUAUUAACCUGUGCCAAUGCGGUAUAUACUCUUAGAAAAAGUACACUUCAUCAUGUUAUCAAACUUGGCCUAGUGGCUCCUAUAGGUUAUCCUGAACCGGAAAACUAGUUGUUUAGUCACUGAACCUGUGUGUAGGUUGUUCCAUUGAGGCCACUGAGUGGUUUUGCUGCCCUGCGUGGAAUGCAUGCUUAUUUGCUUAACAUGUUAAACAUGUCUACAAUUAAGCUAAACAUGAAGUGUUGUUGUCAGACAUAAUAUUUUCAGUUAAACUCUGGUUUGCUCAAGGUAAAAUGUUAAACUGUUGGCAUGAGCACCAUUUUGGUUCAGAAAUACAGAGUUCUCAUUCCAAAGGAGUUGAGCAUGAGCUCUACAAGUUUAUACGGUGAAGCAGUAAGACUGAAACUGCAUUAUUUGCUUGGAAGUCACACAUCUUGUGGUUUGGAGGUCUAUGAACCGGCAGCGCUGGGUAGCAAGAAAUAUGGCAUUCCGAUCAAGAUCAAUGAAUAUAUUUCAUAUUUGUUUCUCAAGAUCGUCUUUGCAGCUCCAUUGUUCAUGCCGGCAUGCCCCUACUCUCCUGUCAUUAGAGUUAUAUCGAUUUACAAGCAAUGAGUGAUGAUGACCACAAUUGAUCUAUUGUACAUGCUGAUGGGGCGACUACUUCUAUGCUGGCCAUAUACAUGACUUGGUCUUCUUUCUAGACCAGGGAUUUUUUGUACAGCCUGAUCCUAAUAUAGUUUUAUACUGAUAGCUUAAUUUCCCAUCUUUAAAAAAUAUAUUUUCUAAAAAUAUAGUACAGGCGUGGGCUUCUACAGUGUACUCCUAUUACCUCCUAAGAGGUAAGAGGGUAACUAAAUCUGAAUCCUUGAGUUUUAAAAGAUAAAAACAAAUUAAUUCAAGGUCAAAAAGAUCUCACCAAUUAGAAUCAUAGUCAUCUCAUGUGGAGGCUGUCUAUCAUAUUUUGAGAUACCUUAAGAGUUGCAGGAAAGGAUCGUUUAUACACCAAACAAGAAAAUCUACAAGUUGAGUGUUAUACUGAUGUUGAUGCUGAUUGGGCUGGAUCUUUGGAUGAUAGAUUUUUUAUCUCUAGACAUUGUACCUUUGUUGGAGGUAAUCUAGUUGCUUUGGCGAAGUAACAAACAAAGUGUUGUUUCACAUUCUACUGCAGAAGCUGGAUUCCGUGCUAUGGCUCAUUGUGAAUGUGAGUUGUUAUGGCUGCAGAUUCUUCUCACUGAAUUAAAAUUGUUUGAGAGUAGCCCCUUGACAUUAUAUUGUGACAACAAAGCUGCUAUUGAUAUAAUUAACAAUCCUGCUCAUCAUGAUAGAACCAAGCAUAUUGAGUCGAUCGUCAUUUUAUCAAGGAGAAAUUGGAUGCAGGGAUAAUUUGUCUGCCUUAUGUAAAAUCAGCUAGUCAGGUGGCUGAUGUUUUGACCAAAGGGUUACCUGAGAAGAUAUUUUCUGCAUUCUGUAGCAAGAUGGAUCUAUAUGAUGUAUUUGCCCUAUCAUGAGGGGAGUGUUGGUGUACGUUGUAAAUAUAAGUGGAACGAGAGACCAAAGUGUAAAAACUAGAAAGAGUA